AUGCUCGAUCCACCUCUCAAGUACCAGGUCAUCCUUCGAUGGAUCAAACAACGGUUACACAGUUUACACGAUUCUCCCAUCUUCUCACCACUUUCUACAGUAUAUGGGCCAAAGCACAAACAUGGCAUAGCGAUCUACGACAGUCGUAGUCGUAGACAACAUAGACUCAUAAUAACACUUAGAUACCUUGCCACGGGUGAUUCGCCAUUAUCCAUAGCAGUAGCAUUUCGAGUUGGAGAAUCCACUGUCAGAAACAUAAUAAAGAAAGUUAGUUUAAUUUUGAUAAAAGUAUUACAACCAAUAUAUAUUGCUCCUCCUAUUGAAGAAGAUUGGAAGAAAUGUGCAGAUGGUUAUUGGAAGAGGUGGAAUCUCUCUAAUUGUGUUGGAUCGUUUGACGGAAAACACAUAAGACUACAGUGUCCUCCAAAUUCGGGAACUUUAUUUUAUAAUUAUAAAAAGUAUUAUAGCAUCGUUUUAAUGGCUGUGGCAGAUCAUUUAUACAGAUUUACUUUGGUUGAUGUAGGAGCCUAUGGAGGAAACAGCGAUGGAGGAAUUUUUAAUGAUUCUCAAAUAGGAAUAAAUCUAAAUAAUGAACAAUUAAAUCUACCAAAAGCAACUAUUAAUCUUCCUGGUAUCAAUUUAAAGACAUUUGGAUAUUUCGUUGCUGAUGACGCCUUUAGACUCACAAAUAGAAUAAUGGAACCAUAUUCUGGUAAGAAUUUGAGCGACAACCAGAAAAUUUGUAACUACAGAUUGUCUAGAGCACGUAGAACUGUUGAGAGUGCGUUCGGAAUUCUUGCCAAUAAAUGGAGAAUAUUGCAUACGGCCAUUUGCAUGCUACUAGAAACUGCGAACAUAAUUGCUACAGCUGCGGUUUGUUUGCACAAUUAUGUGCUAAAAGAAGAACAACAAAGUGGACAUAAAUGUUAUAGUAAAGAAACAAUUGCAGAAAGUAAUACAAAUUAG